AUGCGGAGCCUGCAGGCGCUCAGCGCAGGCGAGGUGAUUGAAGCCGUAGAGGCACUGAGCUCAGCAGACGAUGGUAUAGGGUACCUCAAAGCGCCGGGCUACCUCAAAGUGGCCGGUGGCUGGCAGAACAGCUCGGGAUUGAGGUGCAUGGUAUCUUGGGUAAGCCCUUCUUCACAGAGUAUGAUGUGGACAUUGCCGUGCCGACAUCUACACACCUGGAGACGCUGCAUCGUAAGGUUUCUACAGCGGUGUGAAGCAUCUCCCUGGUAUAGAGCUGCCACAGAGCAACCUGGGGCUUGCUGUCAAGGGGGCUGCUGUGACCGAAGAGGACGAUCUUCCAGUGGCACCGUCAGCCUUCGUUAG